CUGCCAAAGUCCUACUUUGUCAUUGGGUGGCUGUGACAGAGAGAGCGAGCCAAGAGAGACAUAAGAGAGGAAUAGACUACGAUUGGAUGCCACUGAUUGUGUAAAAAGGCUACAGCAGCUUAUGAGUAUUCUUACUUGUCAUGGGCCCUUGGGGGUUGCUCAGGAAGUAGAGCUCCGGGGGCACAUGAAGAAGCCACGACACAAGAAACAAAAAACAGACGACGCGAGGACAGAAGAAGAAAACACAAGUGACAAGAUAUAACGAAGGAAAAACCAAGCUUUCAGAAGUGACAGUGCAAGAGAGGAAAAAAAAAUCAUUAUCAGAGUCCCAUUACCUCUGCUGAGAGAGAGAGACAGUGGUCAACAUCCGAUCCAUCAAUCCAGCAAUCCAUCCGUCAUCAUCAUCUGUCCAAGGAAGGACUGACAGGCUAAAGAAAAAUGAAGAGACCUCAUGACUACAGCUCGCCAGACUCGGACACAGACGAGUUCAUCGACGUGGGGCAAGAAGACAGCUACUGCCCUGUCACCGGGUCCAUGUCUCCAGGCAGUGCCUCGCAGAUUCUGGCAAGGAAGAAGAGAAGAGGGAUCAUAGAGAAAAGGCGCAGAGACCGAAUCAACCACAGCCUGUCAGAACUGAGGAGACUGGUGCCGAGUGCUUUUGAGAAACAGGGUUCUCCUAAGUUGGAAAAAGCAGAAAUUCUGCAAAUGACUGUGGACCAUCUUAAGCUGCUACAUGCUAUGGGAGGAAAAGGGUACUUUGAUGCAAGAGCUCUGGCAGUUGACUACAGGACCCUGGGUUUUAGGGAAUGCGUUGGAGAGGUUGUGCGGUACCUUAGCUCCUUGGAGGGAGAGUCUCCAGACCCCAUAGGAGCACGCCUUGUUUCUCACCUCUCACACUGUGCUAGUGAGUUGGACCCUCUUCUCCUGCAGUCACCCCCCACCGCUGCCUUGCCAUUUGCCCCUUGGCCAUGGACCUCCUUCCCCCCUAUUGGUGCUGCCUCGCCUGCCCCCUCCUCGCCAUCUUUCUCAAGCGGGCGAAGGGAUUUCGCCCUGCUUGGGAGCUACCCAUCAUCUGCCUCACUCCGUCUCACCCCCUUGGCUGGCUGCCAGCAGGGAAUACCCCCACUCCUCGGCCCAACAGCCCUGACCCCCAUCCACAGAGUGACCUCCCUCCCAACAUCUCCCGCUCUGUGCCCCUCCAGACCAAACCAGCCAUCUCCUCACAGCACCACCUGUGCCUCACCUCUACCUCUUCCCAGUGCUUCCUCUUCUUCUCCCUCUUCCUCGUCUUCCGCCUCAUCAUCUUCAGCCGCUCCCCAAGUGUCCUUUCGGCCUUUUGCAUCUCUUGGCUCUCCAGCAGCCCAGAGAAGGACCCUCAGUGGAGCAUCCAAGGCUCCACAGGGAUGGGGAACUGAGAUUGGAGCAUUUUGAAGAUAAUCUCUAACAAACAAACUCUGUUAAGUGAACACGGACCUUUCAUUUGCACCAUGUAGCAAAUAUGUAUGAGCAUUGUCUCUUUUUAGGGACUCCAAAAGCCAUAAAAGAAGAUGAGUGAAAUCUUAGAUUAUUACAAUUGUAUAUGAAGGAAUGUGAAGGAAUUUCUCAGUUGUGUCCAUGUUUGCGAGUGACAAAUACAAACAUAGUUCCCUAGAGCCAUAUAUAUAUGGUUUCCCUCAAUAAAAGUUGAGGUUGAGUUUUGACUGAACUUUGAGCUGUGAUUCAUCUCCUUUUUUUAAAAAAUGUUUAUACAUUAAAAUUUUUUUUUUCCUUUUCAGAGAAUGUUUGACAACAACCUCUAUAAAGUCUA